CCCGUUUACAUGAUAAAAUGUGAGAAUGAUAUUAAUAUGAUUCCAGUGGCUGAAAGAGUUGAGAUGCAUGUGGAUGCUCAAGUACCAAUGGAAGAGCAUAAUAGAGAAGCAGGCCCACCAAAGGGUGAAGUAGUCCAACAUCAAGGGGAUGCAAAAAGCGUAGUUGAAGUGUCAAAUGUACAUGUGAACUGCACAACUGGUGAUAUAAUGGACGUCCCUUAUCCUUAUUUUACUGAUUUACGCCAAAAUGGAUAUUUAUGGAGAGUAAAAGCUCGAUUGGUAAGGAUGGUAGAAGUGAUUAAUCCGCUUCUACCUUCCGUGACGCUCAGAUUGAUCUUACUUGAUGAACAGGGUCAUGCCAUGGAGGCCAUUGUAUGGCCCGAAGAAGUAGCCUACUUUAAAGAACAUCUUUACGAGGGUAGGGUCUACUUUUUAAAAUCUGUGGAGAUUAUGGAAGCUGAUGAAAAGUUUAAAUUAGUCCCGUACUGCUUCAAGAUGUCUUUCACCGAUGACACAAGGGUAGAACACUACAUGUUCAAAUGUGAUAGAAUCCCUCUUCAUUGGGAUUUCAAUAUAAAAUUACGAGACAUCCACCAUUUCACCAACAAGUAUGAGCAAUUGAUAGAUGUGGUUGGAUUGGUUGUUAACGUCACAGAAUGUCGAAUUGCUGGAAAACGAAAUUCUAGGGUUAGAGAUGUGGUGUUGCUUGACCCAAGUUAA